AUGUCUGAUACAAAAUCUUUGAUUGAUAUCAUUAAACAUGAACAAGGACAUUUCGAUGCGGAAUGCAUAUUAUUUAUUGAUUUGAGUUGUCGAAAUCUCACUGAUGCUAAUAGUCUGAGUGUAUGCCGUAAUUUAAUUAUAUUAAAUUUGAAUAAUAAUAGUCUCACUAAUGUUCGCGGUUUUGGCACAUUGAUACAAUUGAAAAAUCUUUCAUUAGCCGAAAAUCGGAUUAGCUCAUUAGAUGGUCUUCAAUCAUGUGAAAGUUUAGAAACUCUCAAUGUGGCUGGAAAUAAUCUGACGGGGCUGAAAUCUCUUGCUCCGUUACUAAAUCUAACGCAACUACGAUCAUUAUGUUUGACUGAUCGACAAAAUAAUCUCACAAAUCCUCUUUGUGAUUUUCCGUCGUAUCAAAACGAUGUAAAAAACAAUCUACCCAAUCUUGAUACACUCGAUAAUGAAUGGCUUGGCCAAGGUUUUCAAGAACAUUUGACUUCGCUCGAAUCUGCUAUUGAACAGUUAGAGACUUCCUAUAAUAUUUCCAAAAGUAAAACAAAUGAAAAGCCAACAAUUAUUAUUACAAAAGCCGCCAGUUUUGAUCGUUCGGUCCAUCUCGCCAAUGAAGAAUACGAGGAACUAUUCCAAACGAUUCAAAUGCUUGUAAAAUAA